GGCGUAUCUAUUGAAAUCUGGACACAAUCUGAUCCAGCGAUGCAGUAGUUAUACUAAGGUUUUUUUUAUAAAAACUAAAAUGAAAAUUAAUUUUAAUAGAGCUUAUAAAAAAAGAGAUCACCAAUUCACCAUGAAAGAGAUCUCUAAUUUCUUAGCUCAAAGCAAAAUAAGAAAAAUCAUAUCUCUCUCUCCCUCUCUUUCUGUCUAGAGAAGACUUUCUCUCUCUAGUUCUUGCCGGUAUACCUUAAAAUUACAAGAUCGCAAGUGAAAAUUAAAGCCGAGCAAAGAAACAUGGGAAGUAGUUUCUUUGGUAGACCAAACAUGGGAGGAUCUUCGCCGUCCUCAUCAUCUCCGACGUCUUCCUCUUCUUCUCCGGCGACAAGAAGAGGGAAGAAGAAUGGGUCCGAUAAGCCGAAGCAGCCACAAAGAGGUCUCGGAGUAGCACAAUUGGAGAAGAUUAGGUUACACGGCGAAAUGAGUUGCAAUAGCUUCAACAAUUAUAACCCUUCUUUGUAUCCUCAGGAGGAUGUCAGGAUGCAAGGAGGAUAUUCAUCCAUACCAUCAUCAUCACUAUCACAAUCUUCGUCUCCUUACGGUUUCUAUCCAAACAUGAUGAUGGGAGUACAUAGAGAUCAAUACGAAAGAGCAACCAUGAGUUGGAAUCCAAGCUACGGCAUCUUAGAGAGCCAACAUUCUUUGGAACCAAACAUCACAAGACAUGUCUUACACGAGGAUCCAAACUCAACAAGGCGGAGUAAAUCUUUGGGAUCGGGAAACCAACACUCGGGAUCGAGUGAAAAUCAAGAGCUGGACUUGGAAUUGAGAUUGUCACUUUGAUCAUUACUUUGUAAUGGUUUGGUCCUUAUGAAAUUGAAAAGAAGUCCUAUCAUUUCAAUUUCUUUAUAUCAUCGGGAUUGUAUGAUCGUCUCAGUAGAAAAGAUUUAAAGAAUGGGACUUAUUUGUACAUUUUGGGGGAAAUUAAAAGAUAGAUUAUAUUUA